AAGGAAGGUCAACAUUACCAAGUCGAAAGUGCCUGUUAUCUUCCCCUCGGUUUCAACAAAUAGUUCCCUGAGCCAGAACAGUUGGUGUGAAAGAUGGCUGGGCAUUCAAUCUUGCUGGCCGCUGUCUCAGUCUUGUCCGCCUGUCAACAAAGUUAUUUUGCUUUGCAUGUAGGAAAGGCAAGAUUAAAAUACAAAGUUACAGCCCCAGCAGUCUCUGGGUCACCAGAGUUUGAGAGAAUAUUUCGUGCACAACAAAACUGUGUGGAGUUUUACCCCAUAUUUCUGAUUACAUUGUGGAUGGCUGGAUGGUAUUUCAAUCAAGUUUUUGCUACCUGUCUGGGUCUUGUGUACAUAUAUGCCCGUCACCAGUAUUUCUGGGGAUAUUCAGAAGCAGCUAAAAAAAGGAUCACCGGGUUCCGGCUGAGUCUGGCGAUUCUGGCCUUGCUGACAGUCCUGGGCACCCUGGGGAUUGCAAACAGCUUUCUGGAUGAAUACAUGGACCUCAACGUCGCCAAGAAACUGAGACGCUUCUAACGUCCCCCCCUCCCUUUGCCCAAAUGCUAGCAAAAGCUGUUUCCACCCUGAAGGUUAUAUGGAGUCAAUCAAUUUUUAAAAACAAAAGUCUUUCUUUUGUUUUUCUUGAAAUGGCUUUGUAGGACCAUACCUGUUAGAGAAUACAUUCCUGUUUAAGAAGUGAA